UUCUUCUUGUUUUAAAUAAAGGUGGACCCCCAGAAGUACAAGGGCAUAUUUAAUGGAUUCUCAGUUACACUUAAAGAGGAUGGUGUUCGUGGUUUGGCUAAAGGAUGGGCUCCGACUUUCAUUGGCUACUCUAUGCAAGGGCUCUGCAAGUUUGGCUUUUAUGAAGUUUUCAAAGUCUUGUAUAGCAACAUGCUUGGGGAGGAGAACACCUAUCUCUGGCGCACAUCACUAUAUUUGGCUGCUUCUGCCAGUGCUGAAUUCUUCGCUGACAUUGCCCUGGCUCCUAUGGAAGCUGCUAAGGUUCGAAUUCAAACCCAACCAGGUUAUGCCAACACUUUGAGGGAUGCAGCUCCCAAAAUGUAUAAGGAAGAAGGCUUAAAAGCAUUCUACAAGGGAGUUGCUCCUCUCUGGAUGAGACAGAUACCCUACACCAUGAUGAAAUUUGCCUGCUUUGAACGUACUGUUGAAGCAUUGUACAAGUUUGUGGUUCCUAAGCCCCGAAGUGAAUGUUCAAAGGCAGAGCAGCUGGUUGUAACAUUUGUGGCAGGUUACAUAGCUGGAGUCUUCUGUGCAGUUGUUUCUCACCCUGCUGAUUCCGUGGUAUCUGUGUUGAAUAAGGAGAAAGGUAGCAGUGCUUCUCAAGUUCUUCAGAGACUUGGAUUUAAAGGUGUAUGGAAAGGACUCUUUGCCCGUAUCAUCAUGAUUGGCACUCUGACUGCACUACAGUGGUUCAUCUAUGACUCUGUGAAGGUCUACUUCAGGCUCCCUCGCCCUCCUCCACCUGAAAUGCCAGAGUCUCUGAAGAAGAAGCUUGGGUUAACUCAGUAGAAUGAUCAAAGCAAAUGUGGACUUAAUCUGCUUGUUGAUCAGUAUUGAGGAAAGUGCAAGAGGAACUUUUAUAUAUUUGACAGUGUAGGAAAUUGUCUAUUCCUGGUAUAAUUACUGUAGUCUCUUGCCUAAGGCAAGGGUUUCAAACCCACUGUUGAAAUAAACCUAAUUAUUCAUGA